ACCAAACUUUUUGGCUUGGGUGCAUUGCAAUUUAUUAAAAAGUCUAUCGAUGUAUGAGAGAAGAGCUAGGAGGCUAACGCAUCAACAGUCAGUCAUCACAAAUGGAAGUAGCUGAGGUUUGAGCUGUCGUCUUGCAUGCCACAUGAAUCUUGACAUCAACAAGUACUAGCUAUCGUCAUAUUUCUACAUAUAAUAUAACAUCCCCUUGGAAACCACAUACUUCGCAAAAACAAAGGUGUCAAUUUUGGUCCGCGAUCGACUCUUCCCAAAUUAUGAGGCCAAAGAUUUACCUUUUCGGCGACUCCAUCAGCGAGGAGUCCUUCGGAGACGGCGGCUGGGGGGCCUCUCUCGCCCACCACUUUUCCCGCACGGUGGACGUGGUGCUGAGAGGGUACAGUGGAUACAACACCAGGUGGGCCUUGAAAGUUUUGGAGAGGGUGUUUCCGGGUGGCGGUGUUGAAGGAGGUGAGGAGGAGCCGCCGCUUGCUAUCACCGUUUUCUUUGGCGCGAAUGACGCUUGCCUUCCCGACAGAUGCUCUGCUUUUCAACACGUGCCUCUCGACGAGUACAAGCAGAAUCUCCUCUCGAUUGUCUCAUUUCUCAAGAAGCGAUGGCCUUCAACUCACAUUCUCCUUAUCACCCCUCCUCCAAUCGAUGAAGAUGGGCGCCUCCGAUUUCCCUAUAUUGAUAAUCCAUUGAAUCAGCCUGAGAGGACAAAUAAAGCUGCUGGGGCUUAUUCAGAAGCAUGUAUUUCUGUAGCUCGAGAAAGUGGGAUCCCGGUAAUAGAUCUCUGGACCAAAAUGCAGCAGUUUCCUGACUGGGAAAAAGCUUUCCUGAGGGACGGUUUGCACCUCAGCCCCCGGGGCAACAGGGUUGUGUUUGACGAGGUGGUCCUAAAGCUGAAGGAUGAAGGCUUGAGUCUAGAAACAUUGCCAGUUGAUCUCCCGCUUAUAGAGGACAUCGACACUAAAGACCCUCUUAAGGCUUUCCAAAUUUGAAAGAAAAAUAUUGUGUAUCAUGGCUAGGAUCUUCUACUUUGAGUCUUAUUUUGGCUCUGGUUGUUUCAUAUCUGGUUCUGUUGGUGUAAAAACACGCUUUCGUUGAAUUAAUUUUAGUUUCAGUUAGUUUUAUACAAUAACAACUUAUCUUUCUCUUUC